AUGGGUGGCAUGACACGUCUUCUGCUUUUACUCUGUGCUGGUGUGACAGUGAGCACAGCUGUGGAUCUACAGAAGAGAAUCGUUGGAGCUCACUGCUUGGAGAGACAUGUAACUGCAUAUGUAGGUCCAGGUCUUAUAGAAAUGGAUAUCACACAAAAUGAGACCUUCAAAGAAAACGGAAAUGGAAGAGAACAUGACCUCAUGCUGCUGAAGCUACGUGACUCCACUCAAAUUCAACAUGUAAAAUUUCCAACCACUACUGAAUGUAAUCAACGUAACAAACUACAAACAGUCGAGAUUGCAGGUUAUGCAUCCAAGUUCAUGGGUCCAAAUAAUGAAAGAGGAAAUGACAGACCAACAACUCUGCAGUGUGCAGACAUUCCCGUUGUCAGCUGUGAGACCUCUAGGAACUGUUUGCAGCGCAGCCUUCACCCAGAUGACCUGUCCAGACUCUACCAACGCUGGUUCUGUGGACAAUCUGAUACAGUGGAUAUAUCUCUAGGAGACUCUGGUGGAGGAGUGGUGCACGGUUCCAAGAUUUACGGGGUCAUUAGUUUCACGAUGAAUGGUACUCAUGCCUGUGUUAAACCAGCUGCAUUCAUGGAUGUCUGUCAACCGAGAUACAAGGACUGGAUCAGGGGAUUACGGGUUUGA